CUGCGUGGAGGCCGCGGGAGAGCGGUCUCCGUUGUUUUGGUGCGGCCGCCGCCACUUCAGGCCUCUGCCCUGCGCUUGGAGUCGCUGCCGCCAUGAACAAGAAGAAGAAGCCGUUCCUGGGCAUGCCCGCCCCGCUCGGCUACGUUCCGGGGCUGGGCCGGGGUGCCACUGGCUUCACCACUCGCUCAGACAUUGGGCCUGCCCGAGACGCCAAUGACCCUGUGGAUGACCGCCAUGCCCCGCCAGGCAAGAGGACCGUUGGUGACCAGAUGAAGAAAAACCAGGCUGCAGAUGAUGAUGACGAGGACCUGAAUGACACUAACUAUGAUGAGUUCAAUGGCUAUGCGGGGAGCCUCUUCUCCAGCGGGCCCUACGAGAAAGACGAUGAGGAAGCCGAUGCUAUUUACGCGGCUCUGGAUAAGAGAAUGGAUGAAAGAAGGAAAGAACGAAGGGAGCAGAGGGAGAAAGAGGAAAUUGAGAAGUACCGUAUGGAGCGCCCCAAAAUCCAGCAGCAGUUCUCCGAUCUGAAGCGGAAGCUGGCAGAAGUCACGGAGGAGGAGUGGCUGAGCAUCCCUGAGGUGGGCGAUGCCAGGAACAAGCGUCAGCGGAACCCGCGCUACGAGAAGUUGACCCCUGUGCCCGACAGCUUCUUCGCCAAACACCUGCAGAGCGGGGAGAGCCACACGUCCGUGGACCCCCGGCAGACACAAUUUGGCGGCCUGAACACCCCCUACCCAGGCGGCCUGAACACUCCCUACCCCGGUGGCAUGACGCCAGGGUUGAUGACCCCCGGCACAGGUGAGCUGGAUAUGAGGAAGAUCGGCCAGGCGAGGAACACGCUGAUGGACAUGAGGUUGAGCCAGGUGUCUGACUCAGUGAGUGGUCAGACUGUGGUUGACCCCAAAGGCUAUCUGACGGACCUGAACUCCAUGAUCCCCACGCAUGGCGGGGACAUCAAUGAUAUCAAGAAGGCACGACUGCUGCUCAAGUCGGUGCGGGAGACGAACCCUCACCACCCGCCAGCCUGGAUUGCCUCGGCCCGCUUGGAGGAGGUCACGGGGAAGCUGCAGGUGGCGCGGAACCUCAUCAUGAAAGGGACAGAGAUGUGCCCCAAGAGUGAAGAUGUCUGGCUGGAAGCAGCCAGGCUGCAACCUGGAGACACAGCCAAGGCUGUGGUGGCCCAGGCAGUCCGCCACCUCCCACAGUCUGUUCGGAUUUACAUCAGAGCUGCAGAGCUAGAGACUGACAUGCGCGCCAAGAAGCGGGUGCUGAGGAAAGCCCUCGAGCACGUCCCUAACUCGGUCCGCCUGUGGAAGGCCGCCGUGGAGCUGGAGGAGCCGGAGGACGCACGCAUCAUGCUCAGCCGGGCCGUGGAGUGCUGCCCCACCAGCGUGGAGCUCUGGCUGGCUCUGGCUCGGCUGGAGACCUAUGAGAACGCCCGCAAGGUCCUGAACAAAGCCCGGGAGAACAUUCCCACGGACCGGCACAUCUGGGUCACAGCCGCCAAGCUGGAGGAGGCCAACGGCAACACGCAGAUGGUGGAGAAGAUCAUCGACCGCGCCAUCACCUCGCUGCGGGCCAACGGCGUGGAGAUCAACCGGGAGCAGUGGAUCCAGGACGCGGAGGAGGGCGACAAGGCUGGCAGUGUGGCCACCUGCCAGGCGGUCAUGCGAGCCGUCAUCGGCAUCGGGAUUGAGGAGGAGGACCGCAAGCACACCUGGAUGGAGGACGCCGACAGUUGCGUGGCCCAUGGCGCCCUGGAGUGCGCCCGCGCCAUCUACGCCCACGCGCUGCAGGUCUUCCCCAGCAAGAAGAGCGUGUGGCUGCGUGCCGCCUACUUCGAGAAGAACCACGGCACCAGGGAGUCCCUGGAGGCGUUGCUGCAGCGGGCUGUGGCCCACUGCCCCAAGGCUGAGGUGUUGUGGCUCAUGGGCGCCAAGUCCAAGUGGCUGGCUGGGGACGUGCCGGCUGCACGGAGCAUCCUGGCGCUGGCCUUCCAGGCCAACCCCAACAGUGAGGAGAUCUGGCUGGCUGCCGUCAAGCUGGAGUCAGAGAACAACGAAUACGAGCGGGCACGCAGGCUGCUGGCCAAAGCACGGAGCAGCGCGCCCACUGCCCGGGUGUUCAUGAAGUCUGUGAAGCUGGAGUGGGUGCUGGGGAGCCUUGUAGCCGCCCAGGAGCUGUGUGAGGAGGCCCUGAAGCACUAUGAGGACUUCCCCAAGCUCUGGAUGAUGAAGGGCCAGGUCGAGGAGCAGCAGGGGCUGCCUGAGAGGGCCCGUGAGGCCUACAGCCAAGGGCUGAAGAAGUGUCCCCACUCCACACCCCUUUGGCUUUUGCUGUCCCGGCUGGAAGAGAAGGUUGGGCAGCUGACCCGAGCCCGAGCCAUCCUAGAAAAGUCACGUCUCAAGAAUCCGAAAAACCCUGGCCUGUGGUUGGAGUCAGUGCGGCUGGAGUACCGGGCCGGCCUGAAGAACAUCGCCAACACGCUUAUGGCCAAGGCCCUGCAGGAGUGCCCCCACUCAGGUAUCCUGUGGUCUGAGGCUGUAUUCCUGGAGGCCCGGCCACAGCGGAAGACAAAGAGCGUGGACGCCCUGAAGAAGUGUGAGCAUGAUCCGCAUGUGCUCCUGGCCGUGGCCAAGCUGUUUUGGAGUGAGCGGAAGAUCACCAAGGCCAGGGAGUGGUUCCACCGCACUGUGAAGAUCGACUCGGACCUGGGGGACGCCUGGGCCUUCUUCUAUAAGUUUGAGCUGCAGCACGGCACCGAGGAGCAGCAGGAGGAAGUGAGCAAGCGCUGUGAGAACGCCGAGCCGCGCCAUGGGGAGCUGUGGUGUGCCGUGUCCAAGGACGUCGCCAACUGGCAAAAGAAGAUCGGCGAGGUGCUGGUGCUGGUGGCCGCUGGCAUCAAGAACGCGUUUUAGAGGCCAGCCCUACCUGGGGGCAGGAGUCAGGGACUUGGGCGUUCUGUGUAGGUCACUCACUAUUAAACGUUGGUUUCUCA